AUGGCGGACAAGAGGGACAAGAGUGCGGAUCAGAUGAAGCUGUGGAAGGAGAGUCGGGGGGAACCAGAAACCCGACGUCCUCACAACUGGUGGUGGUAAUCCCGUGUCUGAUAAGUUAAAUCUUCUGACUGUUGGACCUCGAGGGCCCCUACUGGUGCAGGAUGUGGUGUUUACAGACGAGAUGGCACACUUUGACCGGGAGAGGAUUCCUGAAAGGGUGGUGCAUGCUAAAGGAGCAGGGGCCUUUGGCUAUUUCGAGGUGACCCAUGACAUCGCAAGAUAUUCCAAGGCUAAAGUGUUUGAGCACAUUGGGAAGAGAACUCCGAUUGCUGUGCGAUUCUCCACCGUCGCUGGAGAGGCGGGUUCCGCUGACACCGUGCGUGAUCCGCGAGGCUUUGCCUUGAAGUUUUACACCGAGGAUGGGAACUGGGAUCUGACUGGCAAUAACACCCCCAUUUUCUUUAUCCGUGAUGCCAUGUUGUUCCCGUCAUUCAUCCACUCUCAGAAGAGGAACCCCCAGACCCACAUGAAGGAUCCAGAUAUGGUCUGGGAUUUCUGGGGCCUGCGCCCAGAGUCUCUCCACCAGGUCUCCUUUUUGUUUUCAGACCGUGGUAUCCCAGAUGGCCACAGACACAUGAACGGAUAUGGCUCGCACACUUUCAAACUGGUCAACGCCAAGGAUGAGCCUGUCUACUGCAAGUUCCACUACAAGACAGAUCAGGGAAUCCGAAAUCUGACGGUGGACGAAGCCCACCGAUUGUCUGCUGAAGAUCCCGAUUAUGGAAUCCAUGAUCUGUAUGAAGCCAUUGCCAAUGGGAACUAUCCUACCUGGACCUUCUACAUCCAGGUCAUGACCUUUGAGCAAGCAGAGAGAUUCCCAUUCAAUCCUUUCGACUUAACGAAGAUCUGGCCUCACAAGGACUACCCUCUCAUCCCUGUGGGAAAGUUGGUCCUGAACCGCAACCCAGCCAAUUACUUUACAGAAGUGGAGCAAAUUGCCUUCGAUCCUAGCAACAUGCCUCCUGGAAUUGAGCCGAGCCCAGAUAAAAUGCUGCAGGGUCGCCUCUUCUCUUACCCAGAUACACACAGACACCGCUUGGGGAGCCAACUACCUCCAGCUACUGUGUGAACUGCCCUUACAAAACAAGAGUGGCCAACUACCAACGUGACGGCCCAAUGUGCUUCACUGAUAACCAAGGGGGAGCUCCCAAUUAUUUCCCCAACAGCUUCUCUGCCCCGGAGAACCAGCCUUCAGUCAUGGAGAGCAAAUUCCGUGUGUCAGCUGAUGUUGCACGCUACAACAGCUCCGAUGAUGACAACGUCUCUCAGGUCCGGGACUUCUACACCAAAGUGCUGAAUGAAGAAGAGCGCAAGAGGCUCUGUGAGAACAUCGCCGGUCACCUGAAGGGUGCCCAACUUUUCAUCCAGAAGAGAGCUGUGAAGAAUUUCACUGACGUUCAUCCUGAUUAUGGCAACCGCAUCCAGGCUCUGCUUGACAAGUACAACGCUGAAGGUCACAAGAAGAAAGCGAUCAAAGACCUACACUCAGCAUUCUGCUCAAGUGACUGCAAAUGACAAGGCCAACCUGUAA